AUGUACAAUCUCUGCAACACAAAAAAAAUUUCAGUAGAAAUAAUGAAAAAGAACAGAUUUGGGUCAAAUUUACAGAAUCGUUAGUUGGUGGGUAAUCGCCCAUAUGAUUUUAAUGAUGCGAGGAGCUAAACGCCCUAUUAUUCUCAAAAUACUUUAAAUUUUGAGAAUGACUUCAAUCUCUUUGCAAUAAAAGAGAAUGAUUUAAGUUUGUAUAAUAAUUUUAGCAUGACACCUGAAGGUUUAUCAAAGAAUCUUUAAAAUUUUGUUUAAGACCUAGACAACACCACUAAUAACACUAAUAACAUGAAUGAUGAAUAUAACAUGCCCUAGUUCAGAUCCUGUAAAAUCUACGAAUUAUGA